AUUGUUUAAGAAGUGUCUGGAUACUGUGUUUCGGGAUUUUGUGGCCAUUUACACAGAUGGUUCGAAAGAUCCAAGGACAGGAUGUACUGGGUCAGCAUUUGUAGAGCAGGAAUGUGGGGUGAGAGUCAGGAAACACAUUACAGAUCAUCUGGCUGUAUAUAUGGCUGAGAUGAUGGCCAUACUAUUGGCCUUGCAGUGGGUGGAGGAAGUCAAGCCAGACAGAGAAGUUAAUUGCUCUAAUUCAUGUGGAGUGUUAAUGAGUCUCCAGUCCUUUAGGUCACGUGGCAGACAAGACCUGCUUUAUGAGGUGCUACAUAUCCAUGGUAGGAUUAGACAGAUGGGUAUACAGAUAAGAUUUACAUGGGUCCCAGCACAUGUGAGGGUGGAGGGGAACGAGGCUGUUGAUGUACUGACUCAACAAGCACUUAGUAGGUGGGUUGUUGAUGUUGUAGUUUCAAUGAGCAAGGUAGAGGCAAAAAGCCUGAUAUGGACAGUAAUGAUGCAGAGAUGGCAGGAGCAGUGGAAUAGAGAUACUAAGGGCGGGCAUUUACUUCAAGUACAGAGGAAAGUCUUGGAGGUGAGGACGGCAGGAAGGAACAGAAGAAAGGAGGCAAUUUUUUCAAGAUUAAGGGUGGGACACAGCCGGUUGAAUAAAACCUUAAAUGUGAUAGGAAAGCAUCCAACAGGAAAGUGUGAUUAUUACCAGGAAACCAUGGAGUGUGUACUGCUACAGUGUGGGCAGUAUCAGAGGGGAAAAAAGAGGCUGAGCUCAAGUAUGAGGGAGAAGGGGAUACAUGAAAUUAGUUUAAAUAGUAUAUUGAGUAGAACAUCAUCAGAUAUAGUCUCAAAUAUUUCGUUAUAUUUUUUAAGAGCAACGGGGCUGACAGGUAGAAUUUAGUUUUUCCCUGUCUUUGGCCAACACUCUAGUACAGUAGGUGGCGGUAAUGCAGCAUAACGUUGGAUGACAACUGCCGAUAAAUCCCACCGAAGAAGAAGACCAAAUUGAUAACAAACCCGUUGCUGAUCAGAUGGAAUAUCUUUGAUUUCACAGUAGUACACACUGAUGUUUGCCAAUAAUGAACAAAUAAGGGUGGUUGAUGACUAACCCUUGAGAUCUUUCAGUGAUCACAGGGUCACUCAACUCUGUGAGACCUUCAACAGACAAUCCAUCCACUCACACAAACCAACAUGACCUCCGAGCAGGCCAGCACCCUGCCGGCAUUCAAGGGCUCCGGCGACCCCAGUCCAGGCUACUUCUCCUGGGGCCUUCGAUUCCAGGUCAUCGGCCUGGGCUUUGCCUUCUACACCGCUGUGUUCGUCCUCUCCCAGACCUACCGCUCUCUGCUGGCUAAGGAGAAGGUGUUCUGGAACCUGGCGGCCACACGGGCCGCGUUCGGCCUCCAGAGCACGGUGGCGGGCCUACGGGCGCUGACCGAGGAGUCGGCCGUGUCCAGGGACAGGGUCAGAGGUCAGGAGGACUGGUCUUGGUUCACUGUGCUCACAGCCACAGGCUUCUUUCUGUUUGAGAAUGUGGCACUGCAUGCCUCCAGUGUGGUGUUCAGGGCUUUCGACCUUCCCCUGGCCGCCCAUCACUUCUUUGCCCUGUCAGGGUUUGCUGGGGCGGUGGUCUGGGACUCACUAGGACAUUACCUGCCCAUGGUCACUCUACUACUGGAGAUGAGCACACCCUUCACCUGCAUCUCCUGGAUGUUACUAAAGGCUGGCUGGGCGAGGACGCUCUUCUGGAAGGCCAACCAGUGGGUGAUGAUCCACAUGUUCCACUGCCGCAUGGUGCUCACGUACUACAUGUGGUGGGUGAGCUGGAGUCACUGGGGGGAGAUGAACAUGUACGUGGCUCUGCCCCAGCGCAUCCUCUUCUACACCGGCCUGGCCCUGCUCACAGUGAUCAUCAACCCCAUCUGGACACACAAGAAGACCAUGCAGCUCCUCAACCCUGUGGACUGGAACUUCAGCAACAAGCUGCCGCCCAAUGGCCCCAGUGGGGAGCAGAAGGAGAAAACUCAUGAGAGAUAAACAAGCCAAGAACUGUGAACCUGUUUGGAGAGUUAUGGGGCUCUUUUACUAUGCUUGUAAAGGAGAGGAAGCGUGACUAAUUUCUCACAAACUCUUUAGCUUUUAGUGCUUGAGAUGUUUUGAAGAUUUCAAGUUGAACUAAAUUACUGUUUUUUUAAAGAUUCUCAGUACAGGUUUGAGGUCUGCUGUGUCUCUACAAGAUGUGGAUGAAAGGACCUCUUGCUCUUGGACUUUAGAACCUAGUUGGGUUCUGAAAGGAGAUGUCACUGACGACAAGAAAUCAUCUCACAGUUUUAUUGUCUUUGGUUAUAAUUUGCUGUUUUGGUUAGUGUUUUAUUGCGAAUGAGUGCAGAUGGACAGGGAGAAAGGUAUAUUAUUGUUCUGUUUACUUUGUUCAGCUUCCAGCAUGAAGGUGUGAAUGUGUUAGUUAACCUCUCUGGAAUGGGGUGUUGGCUGGUUUGAAGUGCCCUGAGGCACCUGUGGUAUUUGCACUUAUAGGCACAGUGUGUAGUCACUCAACCACUGUGCUGAGUACAGACAGGUCCAUGAGGCAGCAGAUUUACUGGCUGAGAACAAACACAGUGACAGAAUGGAGACUGGGUCAUUGGAUCUGGCAGAUCGCACGUCAUUGGAAGGCAAGCAACUUUGUUCUGUAUCGUACAAAACACUUCCUGACUUGCUUAAGAUUAGACUGCAAUGUAUGCCUGUAGUGUUGCAUGCUCUAAUUGAAUCUUUAUCAAUUCAUCAUGUAGAAAUGGUUCCUGUGCUCUGUGGCUGUCAGUGUAGUAUCUUUGAAAGUGGGGUUGACUUGACACAUGUAGACUGUAAUACUAAGGCUGUGGAUGGACGCUAAGGGAGCUACCACAAGCAUUACUGUUUUCAAAGGAGCAACUGUAGGGAGUAGUCUAAUAACAAGCAUCACCGUGCCAAACAAACGGUCAUGUUGCUUCCCUUUGUAACUAGUCUCUACCACUGAUCUGCCUGAAAAUGAAGUUAGGGUUUAGUACUUUAUGGGUAAUCUCUUUAGUCUCCUUUAUGUUACCGAUCCCAUUGGACCUUCUGUAUGCCUGCAAAUUAGUCUUUAGUGGACAAUUAAAUCAGGUUCAUUCAAGAGUCAUGUGAGUGUGAGACGGAGUGAGUGUGAGACGGAGUGAGUGUGAGACGUGAGACUGAGUGAGUGUGAGAUGUGUGAGACGGAGUGAGUGAGUUUGAACCCUUAUCCUGGUCAUGUGUACAAAUAUGUAUUUCAUGAAUAUUCUCAUGGAAAACUCAGUCCUGCAGUCUAGCGUUGAGUUCUUUGGAGUAAACUCACCCACAUUGAGCUGCUUCCAGACCGCCCUACUUAUCUCACAAAGGCUCUUUUGUUAAAAGUAUAUUUUUUUUUACAAAUCGGUGUUACGUUAGUCACAGAUCCUAGAACUAAGGCCCCCUAUAGGUUAUAAAUGACAAGGUAUGACAAGCAAUUGACAUGGGAAAUCCUCAACAUCCAUAACAUUAUUUUAAGUCCUAAUAGCUGACGUAAGAGACUGCCGGCCAAGACGUUAAAGCCCACACUGAGAAAAAGGGGCCAUAGGUAUUUAUUUUAUAUAUUUUUACAAAAUAUUAUUCAAAUUGAUGCAGGACUGAGGGCCUUUUAUAAACAUAAUUAACCUUAACUUUACUAGUUUGACUAAUAUUUUGAAUUCAGGAUUUAUUAUUACCGUUAUGAAUUAAGUCAAAUCAAAUGUAUUUAUAUAGCCCGUCUUACAUCAGCUGAUAUCUCAAAGUGCUGUACAGAAACCCUGCCUCUAAAACCCCAAACAGCAAGCAAUGCAGGUGUAGAAGCACGGUGGCUAGGAAAAACUCCCUAGAAAGGCCAAAACCUAGGAAGAAACCUAGAGAGGAACCAGGCUAUGUGGGGUGGCCAGUCCUCUUCUGGCUGUGCCGGGUGGAGAUUAUAACAGAACAUGGCCAAGAUGUUCAAAUGUUCAUAAAUGACCAGCAUGGUCAAAUAAUAAUAAUCAUAGGCAGAACAGUUGAAACUAGAGCAGCAGCACAGCCAGGUGGACUGGGGACAGCAAGGAGUCAUCAUGUCAGGUAGUCCUGAGGCAUGGUCCUAGGGCUCAGGUCCUCCGAGUGAGAGAAAAGAGAGAAUUAGAGAGAGCAUACUUAAAUUCACACAGGACACCGGAUAGGACAGGAGAAGUACUCCAGAUAUAACAAACUGACCCUAGCCCCCCGACACAUAAACUACUGCAGCAUAAAUACUGGAGGCUGAGACAUGAGGGGUCAGGAGACACUGUGGCCCCAUCCGAUGACACUCCCGGACAGGGCCAAACUGGAAGGAUAUAACCCCACCCACUUUGCCAAAGCACAGCCCCCACACCGCUAGAGGGAUAUCUUCAACCACCAACUUACCAUCCUGAGACAAGGCCGAGUAUAGCCCACAAAGAUCUCCGCCACGGCACAACCCAAGGGUUCUUGUUGUUCGGCCAAAACGUUUGACAGUGGCACUCAUGAUACCAUGGUGAUAUGUGGCAUUGGUCCUCCUUAAUGGGAAGAUUACUUGACUUACUUGACUUAUCAAGGGUGACAAGUCAUUGUGGCACAGUUCCAUUUGUUUCACUCGUUCUUUCCUCUAGCCUAUGACCUAGACCUUCGGUGUUCUUUAUGGUUUCUAGACCUGAUGCAAAUAUGUAUGUUAUGUUUUUCCAUCCAAUUCCUUUCAACUUCAAUUUAAACUUAAAACUUUUCUGAACUUAAAUUGGCACAGUGUUGGAUUUCCUUAUUUAAAUAGCUGUUACAUUUAUCCUAAAAAAAAACAUUAUGUUACGCAUACUGACACAUUGCUACUGUCAAAGUAUUCACUAUAACAUGAAAUGCCAAUAAAACCUUUAACAUCAACAGUAUCGUGUAGUGUAGUAGAAAAUAUAUUCUAUUUCUGCCUGAACCUCUCACCUACAAACACCUCAUUAUGUCAUGCAACAUGGCCCAUAGUUGGUCCCUCUAUCAGACAAGCUUCCUGAAAUAAGUCUUCAUGAAAACUAUUCAUACCACUGAGCAAUUCUGUGCAUAACACUUGUUGCAGUAUGUUAUUCCUCUGCUAGAAAUGUCAAUAUUAAAACAUCUAAUACACAAGUCAGAUGCAUUUUACCAUCACAUUUAACCUUAUGCUAAUUAUCAGUGCUGGUCCCGAGAUGAGCAUUACACGACACAAUAAUAAAGAGUUUACAACGUAUCACGUU